GCUGCGCUGAAUUGUUAUUUUUGGGGGGGUUUCUCUCUCUCUUUCUGUUUUAUUUUUUUUUACUUUUGCCCUUUUGUUUUUAUUACAGGAAAAUCAUCAUGUCGGUGGCUUUCGCAGCUCACAGGCAGCGUGGAAAGAAUGAUAUCACGCCGGCGGCCAUCCAGAAGUUACUGGAUGAGAACAAUCAUCUUAUUCAGUGCAUCAUGGACUUCCAGAGCAAAGGAAAAACAGCAGAAUGCUCACAGUAUCAGCAGAUGUUGCACAGAAAUUUAGUCUACCUGGCCACAAUAGCAGACUCAAAUCAGAAUAUGCAGUCUCUUCUGCCUGCUAGGUCUGAAACACCCACCACAGAGGUAAAGCAUGAACCCCCCUCACAGAGUAUGCCCAUGGGCCCAGGGGGCAUGAAUCAGAGUGGCGCUGCCCAGCCCCCGCAUGGCCACAGCAUGCCCUCAGAAGGGAUGGUUGGCAGUGGGCCUCCUGCCUCUCACAUGCAGAACCAGAUGAAUGGACAGAUGCCUGGGCCAAAUCACAUGGCCAUGCAAGCACCUGGACCCAGCCAGCCCAGCAUGGCCAACAGCUCAAUAAACAUGCCGCCCACCAGCCACGGAUCCAUGGGGGGCUACAACCACACAGUUCCUUCCUCACAGAGCAUGGCCGUGCAAAGCCAGAUGAGCAUGAAUCCGGGACAGCCGAUGGGUAAUUAUGGCCCUCGACCCAACAUGAACAUGCAGCCUAGCCAAGGCCCCAUAAUGCACCAGCAGCCGCCCUCACAACAGUAUAACAUAGCUCAGGGAGGGGCACAGCACUAUCAGGGCCAGCAGAACCCCAUGACCAUGAUGGGCCAAGGAAACCAUGUCAUGGGACAGAGACCCAUGCCUCCAUACAGACCACCUCAGCAAGGACCACCUCAGCAGUAUGCCGGUCAAGAGGAUUAUUAUGGGGAGCAGUACAGUCAUGGUGGACAAGGAGCUCCAGAAGGUCAUAAUGAUUACGGUUAUCAGCAACCAUCGUAUCCUGAACAAGGCUACGAUAGGCCUUAUGAGGAUUCCUCACAACAUUACUACGAAGGAGGUAAUUCACAAUACGGUCAGCAGCAGGAUGCCUAUCAGCAAGGACCACCACAGCAGCAAGGCUACCCGCCUCAGCAACAGCAGUAUCCAGGGCAACAGGGAUACCCAGGGCAACAGCAAGGCUAUGGUCCCUCUCAGACUGCCCCGGGGCAGUACCCCAAUUACACCCAGGGGCAGGGGCAGCAGUAUGGGGGUUACAGGGCUCCACAGCCCGGCCCCCCUCAGCCACAGCAGCAGCGCACCUAUGGUUAUGAUCAGGCUCUCAUGAGGAAAUAAGGACCGGUUAUUUGAACCCCUGACUAUAUCUUUAAGACAUGAAGGGUCAAUAUGGGAAUUACCAGCAGUGAAGUACAAAAGUUACAUUCCAUGUGCAAGGUCUCCUAGCAGCCACGUUCUGCCCUCAGGACUGGAAUUAUUUCAGUAAUGAGAAUCACUAAUUUGCCCUUUUAUGUUUUGUAUCUGCAUAAUGGAUGCUGCUGUUUGAGUCUUCGUCUGACAAAAUAAUAAAGAGAUGGCUUUGUGCAUUUAUCAAGCCUUCUGUUUUCAACAUGCUGCCUACAGAUGGGGGUGCUGUACACAAAAAAGUGGAAUGGUUUUUUUAAAAUGAGAAACAAUCCCAGUCUGCAGGGAUUGCAGAUCAUUCUGUGUUUACCCCCCCUGGAGGGAAACCGAGUUAGUGAGCUCAUUGUAACGUUCAUUCAAGAUCUGUAACGUGAAUUUCAAAACUAAAUCUCACCAUGUCACUUUGGAAAAUCUACAGUAUUUGAACAUGUUAUGCUCAUAGCAGUGAUGCCUUAAAUUUAGUGCAGCUGUGAAUUUAGCAGAUAUGUCAAGACUUUGUCCCAAAGACCCUUUGCCUUAUAACUUACACUUGACGUAGUCAAUCAUUGGCAAAAAUUUGUUUUUGGAAAUUAUUUUUUGAGAAGUUCAAAAGUAUAUUCAGUUGCUCAGUCAUGACCCUUCUAGUGCUAAUUAUUUUAUAAAGCAAUAAUGAUAAAGUUGUGGGCUGGUGAGAGAGUGGAUCACCUUACAACAUGGAGCAACUACAUUUUGAAAGGUGAUCUAUUUUUAUUAAGGUCAAAAUAUUAACUGAUGUACAGAUUGUAUUUUAUGCUUUUAAGUAGAACAACUGAAUUUGUAUAGUGCUUUGAAUAUUAGUAUAGAAGAUUUUGUGUCUGUUUCUUACUGAGAAUGGUACCAUAAAGACAGGCUUUUUAGUUGGUUGUUUGGGAUGGGAGAGAGUUUGAAAUGUAUUGUAUUCCUUGCCAUUUUUAUUUUCUGUAUUCAUAAGCUAUAACCUUAACAUUGCACCAGCUUGUAUAUCAUUAGUUUGUACCCUGUACUGUUCUGCAAAAAUGAAUCCUUUUAUGUUUCCCAAAUUGUCCCACUAUUCCAUCUCUAUAAUAUAUAUAUAUAUUAGUCCACGGGAAAAAAUAACCAAACUUUGGAAGUUAAAGUAAACGUUUCUAGUGUGGUUAAAUUGUGACAAAGAUGCAAAAGAGCUAAUACUGUCUCCUGAACAAGAUCUGUCAUACCUGUUUUCUCAAGAGUGCCAGGGCUUGAUCUGAGAAUGUUUAGCAAUUGCAGCUCAAUCAGUACAAGUCUUUAUGGGUACUGUACUCUUGUGCCUGGAGAUCGUGGGCACCUGAGGGCCUUUUUCACAGCAGAACUCUGGAGGAUGUUUCAGGGUCCUCCUGUAAAAAUGUUCAGACACACUCUCUAUUGCUGAAGCAGGGAGAAAUAGCUUCUUCUCUUCUUUUCUUCAGUGAAACGUUGGAAAAUUGAAGUUCUGAUAUCAACAUAUUGAAAGUCAGUCUCAUUAUAAUAGGGGCGAAAAACAAAAAUAAACAGAAUAAAACAAUUUCCGCUUGUGCCGGAGAGCCGCUGGUGUCCUUUACGAUUACCUCUGUAAGUGUUAUUCUGAGGCCACGGUACAGCAUGUUAAGCCAGUCUGUAAGGAGGGAAAACAGGAGGGGAAUGUAAAGCAGGAGGAUGUUUGUAAAAUAUUAAAAUAAAAGGUUAAAUACAUUUCAUUAUGUUUGUAAAAUUCAGAAAAAAAAACAGAUUUUGAAAAAUAUAUGCAGUCCUUCUUUACUCAAGACCUUUAUGAUAAUUUUACUGCUCUUUUGGGAGGGAUGGAAUCCUUUACUCUGAACUAUGUGCAGUUUGGUAAACUGUAUUACUGUGUAUGCAGGACUGCCAGCUCUUGUAGGUGCCAUGCCAGCCACAGCCACAACCACAGCCACUGUGUGUUCAUUAUUGCAGUACAAUGUAAAGCUGUAUUUCACUGGACUUCAGCAAAAAAUAAAUUAUUGUGGUUUUCAUAUUG